CCAUGCCCCCGUGCCUCAGUUUCCCCGCCUCUAGGACGGAGGGUGGCUUUGCUGUCUGGUCGCUGGCCCGUGAUGGGACCCCCACGGUGGGCACGGUGCCACCUCCCCCGCGCUCGCCCUCCGCCCUGUGCCAGCCUGGCGCAGGUGGGAGCGAAGCGGCGACAAAAGCAACCGAGAAGAGGAAAGAGGAAGAAGCGGCGGUGAGAAGCGGCGGCGGCGGCGGAGGAGGAGAAGGAGGAGGCGGGGACCGGUGCCGGCAGCCCCGCCGGCGCUUUGCGGGGGCUCAGGGCACCCCCGGGCACCCAUCGCAGCCCCCCAGGUGCCCACCCCGAAGUUUGAAGUUCGCCGGCAUGGCCAAAACCACCUCGCUGCGCUGCCGGGUGCUGGAGGGGAAGGACCUGCCCGCCAAGGACCUGUCUGGCUCCAGCGAUCCCUACUGCGUGAUCAAGGUGGACAACGAGGUGGUGGCCAGGACGGCAACUGUGUGGAAGAGCCUGAACCCUUUUUGGGGUGAGGAAAUCACGCUGCUUCUGCCCCGUGGAUUCCACAGCCUCACCAUCUACGUGCUGGAUGAAGACACCAUUGGGCAGGACGAUGUCAUUGGCAAGGUCUCGCUCAGCCACCAGCAGAUCUCGGCCGAGCCGCGGGGCGUUGACAGCUGGAUUAGCCUGGCACCUGUGAACCCCGACCAGGAAGUGCAGGGCGAGAUCCACCUGGAGCUGCACGUCCCUGAGCGGGGCCACCCGCGGGUGCUGCGCUGCCACCUCAUCGAGGCCAGGGACCUGGCUCCCCGGGACGCCUCGGGCACCUCGGACCCCUUUUGCCGGGUGUCGUGCUGCGGGCACACGCUGGAGACAGCCGUGGUGAAGAAAACCCGGUUCCCGCACUGGGAUGAGGUGCUGGAGUUCGAGCUGCCGGAGGGGGAGCUGGGAGAGGCUGUGCUGAGCGUGGAGCUUUGGGACUGGGACAUGGUGGGCAAGAACGACUUCCUGGGGCGGGUCGAGUUCUUCCUGGGCACCCUCUGCCCAGGUCCCACCAGGGGCUGGUUCCAUCUCCUGCCCCUCCCCAGCACCACCGAGGACCACGGGGGACAGCUGGGUGCCCUGAGGCUGGCAGUGAGGCUGCUGGAGGACACGGUCCUGCCCUCCCACCACUACCAGCCCCUCAUCCAGCUCCUCACCGAGCCCAUCCUCUGCCCGGCCCAGUCCCCUGAGGGCACAGCCCUGGCUGUCCUGGAGGAGGUGACCUCAGGGGAGAGCCGGCAGGACGUGGCCACCAAGUUGGUGAAGCUCUUCUUGGGCCAAGGUCUGGCUGUGCCCCUCCUGGACUACCUCACCACCCGCGAGCUGGCCAGGACCACUGAUCCCAACACCCUCUUCCGCUCCAACUCGCUGGCCUCCAAAUCCAUGGAGCAGUUCAUGAAGGUGGUGGGGCUGCCCUACCUGCACGAGGUCCUGAAGCCAGUGGUGAACCGCAUCUUUGAGGAGAAAAAAUAUGUGGAGCUGGACCCCGGCAAGAUGGAGCUGAGCCGGGGCAGGAGGAUCUCCUUCAAGGGGUCCCUGUCAGAGGCGCAAGUGCGGGAGAGCAGCCUGGAGCUGCUGAAGGGCUACCUGGGGGACAUCAUCAAUGCCAUCGUGGGCUCGGUGGACAAGUGUCCCCUCCCCAUGAGGGUGGCCUUCCAGCAGCUCCGCAGGCGGGUGGAGGAGCGAUUCCCCUCGGCACAGCACGAGGAGGUCCAGUACUUCUCCAUCAGUGGGUUCCUCUUCCUUCGCUUCUUCGCUCCCGCUGUCCUCACCCCGAAGCUCUUUGGGCUGCGGGAGCAGCACGCGGAGCCCUGCACCGGCCGCACACUCCUGCUGCUCGCCAAGGCUCUGCAGAGCAUCGGGAACCUGGGGCUGCAGCUGGGGCAGGGCAAGGAGCCGUGGAUGGCCCCACUGAAUGCCGUCCUCCUGCCCAGUGUCACCCGUGUCCGGGCCUUCCUGGAUGCCCUGGUCACCGUGGUGGAUAAGGUGCCAGUGCCACAGGGACAUUCCCAGCCCUUGGCCACCAUCAAGGAGGGUCCCCUGCACACCUGCCCAGAGCUGGGGGUGGCACUGCUGCCUCGCUUCGCCUUCAAGAAGAGGCACUUCAGGCUCAGCACCCAGGCCCUGGCCUAUGCCAAGGUGCCCCAGGGGCAGGUGCUGGGCUCCAUCCCAGUGGAGCAGAUCCGGGCAGUGGAGCAGGUGGACAGGGGCACCUUCCAGCACCCCCACGUCCUGCAGGUGGUGGCACAGGAUGGCACCGGGCAGCUCCACACCAUCUACCUCCAGUGCAAGCCCCGGUGCCCAUCCCUUCCUCCUCCCUCCUCCUCCUCCCCCCCAGCACUGGCAGUGUCCUCGGGGGUGUCCCCGUCCCUGCUGUCCCCGCAGAGCGCCCCGGAGCUGUGGCAGUGGCUGUGGGCGCUGCGCCAGGCCACCAGCGCCAAUCGCGACAUGCUGCCCACGUGCCACCCCGGCACCUUCCGCGCCGGCCGCUGGACCUGCUGCCUGCAGCCCACCCGUGCCGGUAGGACUGGGGGUGCCCUGGGCUCGGGGUGCCCGCGAGGGGGGUGUCGGUGGCGCCGUGUCCCCACUGCUGUGGUUGGCAGUGCCCGGCUGCAGCCGUACCCACGGCGCCGUGGUGCUGGGGGAGUGGAGCGACCUUGGGGACCCCGCGGUGGCAGCACAGAGCCUCUACGGGCACCUGCGGGCAGCGCUGGCCGGGGGUCCCGUGGGCAGCGCGGUGGCCGGGCCCCCCUGCCCGGGCCAGGCAGGGGGACCCGCUGGGGACAGGCUGCAGGAGGUGCUGCGAGACCUGGACAUCGCCCACGACGCCUUCACCCACCGCGACGAGACCCCAGAGCCACCCCCAAGUCCCCUCCCUGUCCCCAGACCCCCGGCACGCCCCAGCGUCCCCCCUUCAGCCCACGCGGGGAGGGGCAGGGAGGCCAGCGAGGCCACAGAGGGGACGCGGGGCCAGCAGCCCGGCACGGGGUGUAUUCUGUAACACAGAGAUGUACAUGGCACCGGCUGUGCGCGGCUCCCGGGGGCAGCGGCGGGUGACACGGGUGACACGGGUGGCACGGGUGGCACAGACGCGCAAAGAGGCCACGGGUGGAAAAAGACCACGACGCUAUCGCCACGAGAGCGGGGCGAGCCGGGACGGGACGGGCAGACAGACAGACACACACGGGGA